GAACCGAACCAGUGAAUUGAGCCCAACCAGAAACAGGAGAGAGAAACAACCAAAAAGGGGAAAGAAGCCCAAAACUCCUCUCCCGAUCGCAGCACCGCGAUCUCCUUUCCUUCCCCUACCCGAUCAGUUUUUCGGCCACCGGUUAUCGAGGCCAAGGCGGCGAACCUUGACUCCGGCCAUCCCUUCAACGAUCGAAGCCUGCUCCACGCGAAACAAGGCUCUCCCCUGCGACGCUGCUACCUCAGACAGUUUUCUCUUUCUCGAUUUUCCGGCCAGCUCAAGCAUUUGUGGCAAUUCCCUUUACUCAGAGAUUUGUACACAUUUAGGGUCCAUGUGGAGAUCACCAGCCAUGUCUUCCCUUAGCAGCCGAUUAACUGGGGUAGGAGCUGCUAGGGUUCAAAGUCCUAAUUGCGGCUACAAUACGAUGCUGCAAGAUCAUAUUUAUAAAACAAACGUUACUAGAUCUACCUUCCUUUUAGAGAAUCGUGUUGAUCACAAAGCUGCUGCAUGUGAAAAUUCAAUCCAGAAUGUUAGAGGAGUGCAGAAAUACCAGAUCGGGGAAAAUGUUUCCAGGAAGGAUAAGAUCAGCUUUCUUAUGAACAUGUUUCUUAAUCUCAAGGACAGUAAAGAAGCUGUUUAUGGUGCUCUUGAUGCCUGGGUUGCAUGGGAGCGCCAGUUUCCUAUUGGGUCAAUUAGGAGGGCUUUGCUCACUCUUGAAAAGGAACAGCAGUGGCACAGAGUUGUUCAGGUAAUUAAAUGGAUGCUGAGCAAGGGGCAGGGAAAUACAAUGGGAACAUAUGGGCAGUUAAUACGCGCUUUAGAUAUGGAUCAUAGAGCAGAUGAAGCACACUUGUUUUGGUCGAAGAAAAUUGGUACAGAUCUUCACUCGGUGCCUUGGGAAUUAUGCAAACUCAUGCUAUCUAUAUACUAUAGAAAUAACAUGCUAGAAUGCCUCGUAAAGCUUUUCAAGGGCCUGGAAGCUUUUGACCGCAAACCUCCAGAAAAAUCAAUUGUGCAGAAAGUGGCAAAUGCAUAUGAGAUGCUAGGUAUGCUUGAGGAAAAAGAUCGUGUGGAACAGAAGUAUAUCCAUCUUUUCUCAGAGACACAUAAAGGAGACAAUAAGAAAUUUAGAACCACCUCUAAGAAAAAAAGUCAGGGAUUAAGACAAAAUAAAUUGUCUAACAAGAUUAGUCAAAGAACUCGGAAGUAAGGACUUUCAAUAGAUCAGAAAGUUGACCAGUCCUGAAAUUUUAACAAGACAUCUGGUAUGGGAUAAAGCUUAUUACAUUUUCUAUUAAUCCGAAGCAUUCAAUUGAUAUGAUCUACCUUAUUUAUGUAUCGUUUGUUGGUGAUCAAGCCCAAAAUUUAGUUCUAACUUGGUGCAUGAAAUAGUUUUUAUUGUUUAGUCCCAAGUUCUUGUUAUCUAUGCAACUUUUAUUUUAAAUUGGAUCUUGAAGGGCAGCAAAUUAGAUAUUAUUGUUUCGAGACA